GAAAAGCACCAGGGAAGAUUUUCUCCGGUGCGGAAAAUAUCAGGAAUACCCCUAGUAUCCGCAGCCCUAGCAAAUCGACCCCGCUUCGUCUUCCCCUUCCUCUCCCCAUCCCCAUCGCCAUCCCCACCCUUCCCUCCCGGCCGCCACGGUGCGCGCCCACCUCCUUCCGUUCCGGCUGGAGGCCACUCCAGGAUUCUCUCCACUGGUCGGGGAAGCAGCCGUGGAUCCGAACCUGGGCUGAUUUCUCCCCGUGCUCUCGUGGUCGUCGGAAUCAUGGCUGAUGGGGGUAUUGUGGUAGCCAUUUGCCAAUAUGGUGGAGAAUUCACUUCUGGCCCCAAUGGUAAUUUGACAUACAAAGGAGGCGAGGCGCAUGCUGUUGAUGUUUCUCGUGAUAUGCCACUGGAGAGCUUCAAGGAUGAGGUGUCCAAGGUGUUCCAUGUUGAUGUCACUGACAUGUCAUUGAAGUACUUCCUUCCGAAUAAUUACAGAACACUCAUCACUAUAUCAUGUGAUCGAGAUUUACAAAGGAUGGUUGAUUUUACUAUCAGUGCUGCACAAGUGGAAGUCUUCUUGAUUAGUAGAGUAGAAAACAGGAGUGUUGUUACUUACUCUGGAGCUUCUGCAAUUAAGCCUGGCUCUAAUGCUCCUGGUGACAAAAGGAAAAAGCCACCUUCAAAAAACAAGGUAUCCAAAAGUAACAAGAAGACUCCGACUCCCAGUGCUCCUGGCACUUCAGUCCAACCUAGUGCCAGUAAUGUGAAACAGCCAAGACCAAUUGUUACUGAUAAUGAUGACAACAGGGUUUUUCAACUGGAAUUUGGAAGCGAUGUUGCCUUUGCCACCCCAGCUGGAGGUGCUUCCACUGCACCAGGCGUUCUGGAUCAGCAAAAUCUUGCUCUUGUUGAUACUGCACCUCGGGAACCAAUUGGCCUUUUUGAUGAUUCAGGUGACCCGUAUGUUGGUUCUGAGAUCACUGCAGAUCCUCAGCAUGGACUUGACAAUCCUGUUAUGUUUUGGGAUGACAUUAUCAAAGGUGUUGGUCAAGAGUUUGAUAAUGUGAAGGAUUUCCGUGCUCAGUUGUGUAAAUAUGCCAUUGGGAAAGGAUUUGCGUACCGGUUCAUUAAAAAUGAAACUACUCGUGUCACGGUAAAAUGUGUUGCGGAGGGCUGCACGUGGCGGUUGCAUGCAUCCGAGUCAUCUCGUAACAAGAAAUUUGUAAUCAAGAAAAUGACAGAUGAGCAUACAUGUGGAGGAGGAAAUGGAGAAGGUCAGCGUCGAGCGACAAGACAAUGGCUGACUACCGUUAUUAAGGAGAAGCUGCAUGAUAAUCCGAUGAUGAAGCCAAAGGACCUUGUCAAGGAAAUAUAUGAACAAUAUGGAGUUACACUGACCUAUUCACAGGUCUGGCGAGGUAAAGAAGUAGCGCAGAAGGAACUGUAUCAUGCUAUCAGGGAGACUUACAGCCAUUUGCCCUGGUAUUGUGAGAGGCUUACAGAGUCCAACCCAGGAAGUAUUGCUUUGUUAUCUCCAAUGGUGGAUACAAAAUUCCGGCGCUUUUUUGUUGCAUUUCAUGCUUCUUUGCAUGGUUUUACAAAUGGGUGCAGACCCCUAUUGUUUCUUGAUAAGGUUCCACUGAAAGCAACAAAUGAGUACAAGUUGCUGGUGGCCGCUGCAGUCGAUGCAGACGAUGGUGUCUUUCCGGUGGCAUUUAGUGUGGUUGAGGAUGAAAACUAUGAAAGUUGGGUUUGGUUCUUAAUGCAGUUGAAAUUUCCCAUUCAAAAUCACAGCUACGCUUACACCAUGACAUUCUUGUCCAGUGGACAAAAAGGUCUGGAUGCUGCUGUUUCUCAAGUUUUUGGAGAUAGCCAUCACGCAUUCUGUUUGCAUCAUAUCAUGGAGGAAUUCAAAGGAGAGCUGAGAAAAGGGCCAUGGUCACAACAAAUAAGAGACGGGAUGAUUGAGGAUUUUACUCGCGCUGCUCAAGCGUGUAGUAUCGAGGAUUUUAAUGCGUCCAUUGAGAGCAUUAGGAAUAUAUCCACUGAAGCUGCUGAGUGGAUCAUAGCAAGCAAGCCUGAGCAUUGGUCCGAUGCCAUUUUCAGAGGCUGUCGAUACGAUCAUUUCUCCUCAAACAUUGUCGAUGCCUUCAAUAACUGGAUACCAACCAAGAAGGAGGGUUCAAUUGUGCUGAUGAUUGACUCAUUGAGAACAAAAAUAAUGGAGAUAAUAGAAACAAGGCGUGAGGCUUGCAAGGCAUGGUCCGGACCUUUGGCGCCUUCCAUGGAAUACAAAGCACAGGAGGAGAUACUGAAGGCUGGUAAAAUGACUGUUCUGUGCUCUUCUGAAACUGUGUUUGAAGUGCGGGGCAAUGCAAUUUUUGUCGUUAAUCUUGCAAAUUGGGAAUGCACCUGCCGGAGGUGGCAACUUUCUGGCCUCCCAUGCUUGCAUGCUGUUGCUGUGUUCAACAGGAUUGGGCGAUCUUUCUAUGACUACUGCUCGAAGUUUUUCAGAAUAGAGAGCUACCAUAUGACUUAUUCAGGAACGAUCUUCCCAAUACCUGAUAUGGAUACUGUUGAUUUUAGUGCUGGGGCAAAUUUAAUUCCACCUCCCAAGCCACGAACAUCGGAUAAACCAAGAAGGAAGCGGUUGAACCCCAACAAGAUCCCCACGGUAAUACGGCUCUGCAGCAGGUGCAAGCAAGCAGGCCACAACAAGGCAACUUGUGAAGUUAUUUUGUAGACAAAAGUAACUACCGCAUCUGGAGUAUGUAUUUUAUAGCAGUGUAAAGGGUCUGCAGUUUUUGCUGGAGAAACGUGAUGACUGGUGCUGCCUGCUAUCUGCAGCUUCUUGUCUGGAAAGGGGAAAUGGAGUUAUCAGGCAUACAUAUGAUCCUAGGGAGGCUGCCGUAACUUAAAAAUCUUGUGGAGAGGGUGGAUGAUCCCAGGGAUCAGGGAUGUGUCUGCUGGGACCGCGUAGAUUGUUACCAGUUGGCAACUCUAGGUAGUCCGUAAUUUUAUCGUUUAUAAUGGACCAGUAGAUGUUUAUUCUCAUGUAGAUCGAUCUUGGCACAUGCCAUUACUAGCGGCUUUUGUAACAGUUCCUUUUGUAUUUCCUUGUGUGCGCGCUCCUCUCAACUCUCAGAUAGAUGCUGCUAGUCAAUGGUGCAAAUAGAUAUUAUACUCGUGUCCUGACUCAACUGGCGUAGGGACACUAACUCGUGUCCGACUACUGGUACUACAUCCACACGGUUCGUCUUAUAUAUGGUGCCAACAUAGGAAGUAGAGAUGAAAAUGGAUCGGAUACAGACGAAUAUUAUUAAUAUCAUAUUUGUUUUUAUA